GAAGACUUCGAGACACUUGGCGUUUGGGCUAAUUCGAUUUAUUGAACAAGCUUUAGUGUCAUAGCAGCUGCUACAUUGCCAGAACGACGAAAAAGCCCCCGAAAACCCCCUGGAUCUCAGUUUAUCAAGGUUUAAUUCUCUGGGCGUGGAAUUAGCCCCUCCUUGGGGCACCCGUGAGAGGGCCGUUCCUCAUGACCAUAUUUGGACUUGCACUCCCCUGCGGGUGUCUCUUUUACUCUGUCAAUUUCCGCCCUCCCUGGGGCCCUUGGUUGCAAUAAUGAAAACCAGUCCUCUCUGAUGACCUGACCCCUGUUGUAGAUACCGGUCAGGUUUCGGUCAAGGGCUAGCCGGAAACCCCACUAUCCAUAUAACUGAUUUAAGGAAGUCCUGGGAUUUAGACGUACAAAGAAAAGACAGUUUGAGUGAAUACAGGUCUUCCACCCUUUGACCCUCCCAAAGGAAGUCUGGUUUCAGUACUAUUGAAAUAUACUACAUAUGCAAGAUAACGGAGGAGCGUGUGUGAGCCUCUUUUUAAGAUACAUAGCGACAAAACUGAACAAGUCAUAUGACUGACUCUGGCACACUCUGGCGUUCUGCUUUCAUCAGUACUCGCUGCUCAUGUUUUUGGAUCGACGAAAGGAUGGAGAAAUGUGAUAUUGAUAUGAGGCCGCAGCAGAGGAGAAGGAAAUCACGACGGGACCGUGAAUCGAGGUUUAUGCUGUGGCCUUGUUCCUUGCGGCGCAGGUCGCGGUUGCCAUACCGACGGCGAGAUGCCGUGGAGGCGGCUCGGCGUCGGUAUACCCGAAGCUACGACGGUUUGGGCGAUACGAUUGCACCAGUGCUGUUGAGCGCUUUAGUUUGAACGUCUAACCGUAAAAGUGCUUUUUUAAAAUACUCGUACGUUCUCAUUCCAUCACCUUCGUUCCUUCAUCUGGGAGAGACCAACCUGCUGUUUGGCACAAGGGAUCCUAUGGAUCAAUUCGAUUUGACUUGCGUUAUAAUAUGACCGUUAAAGUUUCCUCAAAUUCAGUUGCUUUGGAACACUACGGUCUUGUUGAAGUCAACCGUUCAAUUUAUAUUUCGUCAUCUUGUGGAAUUACCGACAAGUACUAUAAAGAGGUACUGUAUUGAGACGCACCUCGGCGAUCUUCAUGAUCCUUAGGAGGCUUCAUUCUGUAUCUUACCAAGAUAUUUUGGACAAUCCUAUUAUAACAGCGUUUUGGGACGCAUUGCCCUUUGAGAUUAAACACAUCGGUCUAUAAAAAAAAUAGGCUGAACAAGAACAAAGGCAUGUGGCUGUUGACCAUGGCGAGGAUGAUUAUGAAUGGGAUGAAAGGUUCUCUUGAAGUGUUCUGCACUCCUGUUACCACACUAUCGUUGUAUUGAAUCGUGAAUAAUGCUAAAGUACGCCCAAAAAGUAAAGCAAGUACAGAGCUCUGCGUGGAUGGAAAUCAAGUGAACAUAGAUUCGCCAGCAAACUAGGACGUCCAACAGCAGCGCCACGCUGUCCUCGUGCGCGUCGAUGGAGCCGUGCGUGUGUCCGGAGGACGGCGCGUUCACCGCACCGUCCCACGCUGACGUCACCUUCCGCAAGAUGGAGGGCUACUUGAGGAGUCGACAGCUGUGCGAUGUCACGCUGGUGGCUGGUGACAGGCGGAUCCCCGCGCACAGGCUGGUUCUCUCGUCCGUGUCUGACUACUUUGCGGCCAUGUUCACCAGCGACGUGCGGGAGGCCAAGCAGGACGAGGUGAAGAUGGAGGGUGUUGACCCAGAUGCAUUGUGGGUCCUGGUGCAGUAUGCUUACACGGGGCGUCUGGAGUUGAGGGAGGACACCAUCGAGUCUCUGCUGUCCGCCUCUUGUCUGCUGCAGUUGUCUUCUGCGGUGCAAGCUUGCUGUUCCUUCCUCAUGAAGCAGCUCCACCCCUCCAAUUGCAUCGGCAUCAGCUCCUACGCCAACGCUCAGGGCUGCCACGACCUGCGCAGGGUCGCUCACACCUACACUAUGGAACACUUUGCGGAGGUGGUCGGGGCCCAAGAGUUCACGCUGCUUCCGGUGGACGAGAUGGAGAGGCUGCUCACGUCCGACGACAUCAACGUUCCGGACGAGGAGACGGUCGUAACCGCUUUGCUGACGUGGGUGCAUCACGACGCGGCGGCGCGACAACGUGACCUGCCGCAGCUUCUCGCUCAUGUCAGAUUGCCGCUGCUGCAGCCGCAGUUUCUAGCAGACCUGGAGGCCAGCCCCGCGCUUCGAGACAGCGCCGACUGCCAGCGGCUGUUGCUGGAGGGAAUGAAGUACCACCUCCUGCCCCAGCGUCGGCCCCUGCUUCAGAGCCCGCGCACGCGGCCCCGCAAGGCCACCGUCGGCGCCAUGUUCGCUGUUGGCGGAAUGGACGCCACAAAAGGUGCUACUAGCAUCGAGCAGUACUGUCUACGGCGGGACACGUGGAAGCAGGUGGCGGCCAUGAGCGGUCGGAGGCUCCAGUUCGGCGUGGCCGUCCUGAAGGGUCGCCUCUACGUGGUGGGGGGCCGAGACGGACUCAAGACCCUCAACACGGUGGAGUGUUACAACCCUCGCUGCAAGAGCUGGAGUGUCAUGCCGCCCAUUUCCACGCACAGACACGGCCUCGGCGUCGCCGUCCUGGAAGGGCCGAUGUACGCCGUAGGAGGACACGACGGCUGGAGCUACCUCAGCACAGUAGAAAGGUGGGAUCCUCAAGCUCGCCAGUGGAGCUUCGUUGCCAGCAUGGCCACUCCCAGAAGCACCGCGGGAGUGGCAGUACUCCAUAGCAAGUUGUACGCAGUCGGAGGUCGCGACGGUUCCUCCUGCCUGCGCUCCGUGGAGUGUUUUGACCCGCACACCAACAGGUGGACCGCUUGUGCUCCCAUGGCGAAACGGCGCGGCGGCGUGGGCGUGGCCACGUGGCACGGCUUCCUGUACGCCAUCGGCGGUCACGAUGCGCCCGCCUCGUCUCUGGCGUCGCGGCUGAGUAACUGUGUGGAGCGGUAUGACCCUCAGACUGACUUGUGGACGGCCGUGGCCCCCAUGAGCCUCAGGAGAGACGCGGUGGGGGUUUGUCUCCUUGGCGACCGUCUGUACGCCGUCGGCGGCUACGACGGCCAAGUCUACCUCAGUACGGUGGAGGCCUACGACCCGCAGACCAACGAGUGGACUCAGGUAGCGCCGCUGUGUCUGGGCCGGGCCGGAGCGAGUGUGGUGGUGGUCAAAAUGUGACAACGCACGUGAAGGCCCAUGGGGCGAGCUGCAAAGGAGCAAAGCCAACUGGAAGCGCGAGCGGGCUUCUACGACGUGAACAAUAAUUGUCAGCCUCCGACAUCGCAAUCUCCUCCGGCAGCGACAGUCGUGAUGAAAGACAUUCUGCGGCUGGCCUUGUUCCAGCAUGACAGUCCCUUUUUAUUAUUAUUUUGCUCCUCCAGUUCAGGCAGAAAACAUAUACACACACACACUUGUACAUUUCUGCCGACGAAGAAAGUUACACUCUUGUUUUGUAGCAGUCGUUUUAAUGUAUUCAUUGGCAAAGAGCGUUCCUUUCUUUCUCACCCACAACAUAAAACAACUUGUGACAUAAUCAGCACAACCUGAAGGAACCAUAAACCACCACCACCUCCUCCUGCUGCAGUCUUUCUUUUAAAUUGCAUAUGAAAGAAAGUAUCUGUAUUGUUAGCGAAAAAUAAAUUCAGGACUAACAAUUUCAGCACAAGGACCGUUUUGUAACUGUGUACAACGCAUCAUAUAUUGCUAGUGCACUAGUGACUCUAAUGAAGCAGUCAAACGGCAUGAUUAUUUUUUUUUUGACACCUAACGAAUCAAAUUUUGCCAAGAAACUGAUUUUUUUUUUUUUUUUACAACACAUUCAGCAUUUUAACCGUUGAUCCAACAAGUCUAAUUUUGGGGAGUGCUGCUCUAUAAUAAUGUAUUAUUUUUCUCAUGUAGCAGAGGGUCAGUAACAACUCGAAGUAACAUUGGGAUGGCUCUGCUUCAUCAAAUCUGAGUCAUGUAUGUAAAUGUCAAAGUACACAGCAGCAAAUAUUGAACUUACGAAUGACACACUGAAAAGAAAAAUGUACUGUCAUAAUGUAUAUACAGUAUUGUAUAUAUUCUGGCCCCCAUAAUAUUCCGUCCAUUUUGCAAGUCGGACACAAUUGACAUCAAUGGCAAACUAAAUUAUUUUCCCACAACUUUUUUUUGUGCAAAAUUACAUUUAUUGAAUUACAACUGGGUAACAUUGCAACCUUAUUUUCAGUGACUCAAAUUAGCUGAGAAUGAAUGAAUUUGGUUAAACCUCACAUUUAUGUUUAUAAAUGUGCAUUAUUUCACUAAAGUGUGAUUAUUUUUGUAAGUGAAUACAACUACGCUGCCCUUUUUGUUUUGUACCAUAUAGUAAGGCACCUCAUAUUUGACAUCAAUCAUGUAUGUACAUGUAUGCUUUAACAUGCUCUUAUUGCUUUCAUUAAAAUAAAAGGAGUCACAAGCA